CUAUAUAUAACAAAGCGACAGGAAAGAUUUCGUUUAAUCGUAGUUAAUGUUCUGAAGUAGAUGUACUUCGCAUUUUACCGUAUUUGAACAAGCUACGAAGAUGUUGACUGCGGUGACAAUAGCACUAAUUCUUUCGACGCUAUUGGUACUUGGAAAUUUCUUUGAAUACAUGGAUUACCCGAUUCUUUGCUACAACGAGACUUUAACGCUUAAAGGUUACUGUAGCGGUAAAAUUUCAGCUAAUUUUAUCGAGUAUCCCAGUCUGAGAUGUGUAAGCAAUGUAAACAGUGAUAUCAGUUCUUUGGAGGAGGGCUCCUUUAAUGGACUGCCAAAUUUGAUUUAUUUAAAUCUUGAAGGAAACGUGAUUCCACCAAGUAAAUUAUUCUCUUUCGGUAACAUUUCAAACAUCACGUCAUUGGAUCUCAAUGAUCAGAGGACGAACAAUUAUUUCGAUAGAGUAUUGGAAGUGAACACCGAGUAUCCUAAACUUGUAUAUUUGAAUUUGAGGAAUACUAGGAUCUCGAGGAUAUCAAACACCGUGUUUAAUCCAUUUCCACAAUUGUCGUAUCUGGAUCUUUCGUUCAAUUAAUUAUCCUCCUUUAAUUUCGAACAAUUUGGGAACGACUCACAUAUAUAUUUGAAUCUUAAUCACAAUCAAAUUUCAAGGGUCUCCUUCAAUAAAUUAAACAAUUUGAUAUCGCUGAACCUGGUUGAUAAUGGCAUUAAAAGUAUAGGCCAUGGUUAUGAUGUU